CUUUAUAACAUUAAAUGAAGUAUUUGCUAACAACAAACUCUUGAGUAAACAAAACAAUCUCUCUUUUUUUGUCGCAGAAGAAGAGGAAGAGAACGAUUCAUUAAUGGCAGAUUUGAUCUCAACCCCAAGCAUGGAACCUCUGCUCUUCUCUGUUGAUCCAAUGUCUCUCAUUCUCUCUCAAAAUUCCGACACACAUCAGCUUAAACUCUUGUUAGACGGUUUCUGCGGAUUCGAGAGGGGACCAAGAUACGAGGAAUACUCACGGUUGCGUGAAUCGAAGCUUCGCAUGAAACGCGAUUUCCAGAGAUUUCUCGACGAGGAAGAAGAAGCAGAAGCAGAGCCGAAGAAGAAACAAGUGAGGUUCGAGGGUGAUUCUGUAAUUUCACGAGAAGAAGAAGUUGUAGUUACACCGGAGAAGAUAAAGAAGCAGACUCGGUUUGGGUUUUCUCCGAUGUCGAAAACGAGAAAAGCUGCUCCGACUUCUUCUUUGGCUCAGUCGGUUCCUGAUUUCUCCGCCGUGAUACGUAAAGAAAACCGCCGUCCUGUUAAUUACAACACUACUCCUCCGCCGCCGUCUUCGAAGAGCAGAAACGGCGGCGUUUUGACGGGAUCGGCUUCUUCAUCUUGCAUUGCCGCGAGAGGGAGCAAAUCGGCAAAUGCAGGGGAGAAGAAGAGUAAAGGGUUUAUGGGAAUGGCGCGGAAGAGCUACGCGAACGUUGAGGAUCUUAAAAAGAUUUCAAUGGCAGCCGCUUCGGCUAUUAACGGCGUCGGAGUUGGAGGGAGAAAAGCCGUUGGCGGUGGCCGGAGCAUUUUGGGUUACCGACAAGUCUACUGAUUUCGCUUCCAAUGCUUUGAUUGUUCUCCCACGACUCUUUGGUCUUUGUUCAUUUGUGUGCAUUUUGAUUGAUGAGAUGGCAUUCUUGA